AUGGCGAAUACACAGAACACAAAGAAGCCCAACAGAUCCGUCGUAGAAGAAAACAAGCAGAUGAAAGAUCAGGAAAUGACUGUCAUGGAGACUACCCAGUCGGUUGGUAGCAAACAAAUGUGGAAGCAAAAACGUCCGUGCUUGAAUUUGCAAGGAAGCAAUGAAAGUCUCAAAGCUUUUGUGCCGAUGCAACCAACGCUGCAGAUUGAGAAAAACUACUUUUCGUUAUUUGAAAGCGCUGAUCGACUUGCCGAGUGGGUGUUUAAUACUGCAAAGCAUCGACCGAUGCAGCUGGAUUUGUGUGGCAGUGAGCGCAACGAAGAAAUUCGUGAUGCCCUACUUCGACAAUUCCAUUGCUGGCCUGGAACGAAGAUUUCACACGCAUCAAAGCCAUACCGAAAGCUGAGUCAGGAGGCGGAGAAUCUAUGCCGGAACCAGGUUGACCUGUACAUCGAUGAACUUCAUAGGAAACUUCUUGCCGGUACGAAUGGUCUAUUCUGGCUGAAUGUGCUCCAACCGGUGCUACAUCCAGAACUUUUACCAAGACAGGAAACCCAAGAAAUCUUAUUGUUGUUGUUGGAGGAACUUAAAAGCGUUGACGGCGUCUACGAGCAGUUGAUGAAGAAAAAUGAGUAUACUUGGGACGUGUUGAUGCUACCUUUGACGCUCAAACCGCUGUUUCAAAGGGUGAGUACGUUAGCUCUCAGUGGCCAUGAGAUUGCUGCAGAGGAGGCAAUGCAGAUUUUGUUAAUGUUUGUUGAGAAAAAUGUGGUAUUCUCCAGACAAAAGAAGGCCACACGCACCAGUCUAUCUAGCAUCCCCUCUGUGGGUCCUCUAGCUGCACUGAAAUGUUCAAGCUUAAGAAUACUCCCGAAGCCAUUUCGUGAACUGUUUUCGCGUCUGUUCUUGAAGCUUUCAGGCGAAUGGUAUGUGGUCGUCGAUGAAGUGCUAGAUAUUUUUGGAAGAUCUCUAGCUAGUAGAUGGGCGUCGUGCGAACGAGCUUCUUUGUGA